AUGCGGCUUUCCCUUCCUUUCCGUGUCCACAAUCGCCCCUUGAGCGGCCUUCGACAUUACGAAAAACCUCUUAGGAAGUUAGCCAAACCCCGAUACAAGGGAUCAGUCCUCUGCCAGCCGCAGAAAGUGAUAAUCGAAGAUGCAGUCAGAGUGGUAAAAGCCGGGGAUUGGGUUUAUCUUCAUCACGCCGCCUCCACCCCAGUUGAUCUUUUGAAUGCGCUGGGCAAGCACGUGAAGAAACACGACGUCCGGAAUGUUACGACGACCUCAGCUUUACUGAUGGGGGAUAUUCCUUUUGCCAGGGAUCCCGAAAUCUAUGGUAAUUUAAAACUUCCUUUCUCUAUGUUCUAUAUUUUACUAACCAUUAAUUUAAUUUAAGAUUACAUUCGCCCAAAGGCUAUUUUCAUAAGCCCAGCGAUUCGAAAGGCUGUCAAUCAGGGAAAGGCAGAUUAUAUCCCACUUUUUUUGAACGAAUCUGGACGGAUUUUUGAUGACAAAAGACUGCCCGUCGAUGUGGCCUUCUUGAAUCUGAGUCCCCCGGAUGAGAAUGGAUACUGUAGUUUGGGGGUAAAUUGUGAUAUGUCAAGUCCAGCAGCAAGGAAUGCCAAACUGAUUGUUGGUAAGCGCCCUAUAAAAUUUAUUUUAUUUUGUCUUUUAACGAUAAGGAGGGUUGUUAAUGAACACGUUGCGUCAAAUUGGCGUCAUUUUCGUCAUUUUAGCAAAAUUGAAAAUUCUGAUAUAAAACGCUAGUUUAACAUAGCCUAUGAUGAAUACCGUUUAUAUAAGUCGUAACUAGUUUUACUGCUUAUUGCAUCGGUCAUUUUGGCAAGAAGCAGCAAUUUAGUUCCUAAAAAUUUUAAAACGGGGUUUUUUACAAAGUGAAGCACGACCCGGACAUUGUCGCGGUGAUCAUCGCCGGUAAUCUUCAUCAUACCAUAUCGAUUACUGUCGAAAAUUGGAAAGAGUGCAACAAGUUUUUAAACUUGAUUAUAGAAGUUGGACACCCUAAAAAUUCAAUUUGAUAAUGAAAGUGUCAGUGCAAUUUGACAUGACGAAAAUGGCGCAAUUCGAGUGUGACUGACUCGUAAAGUUGACCACUUAAUGAUCUUUUUUCAGCUUCGAUAAAUGAAUCCCAACCUUUGACUUUCGGGGAUAGUAAAAUCCAUGUCUCCCACAUUGAUUAUUUGGUCUCUGAAACCGAGACUCCCAUUUCCGGGGUCCCUAAGGCUGUAAUAAAGCCAGAAGAGGAGGAGAUCGGGAGACUAAUUGCGGAAAAUUUAGUCGAGGACGAAGCAACCUUGCAAUUGGGUAAGAUCGUACUGAUUUUGUUAAACAGGCCCCUAUUUUAGGUAUUGGCUCGAUUCCAGAUGCUGUACUGAGUAAAUUAACGCAUCAUAAGAAUCUAGGACUACACACUGAGAUGGUAAGCGAUGGUAUUAUCAGUCUGAUGAGGAAUGGAAAUGUAAAUAAUUCGAAGAAGACUUUGCAUCCGGGGAAGGGAGUCCUCGCUUUUGCCAUGGGUUCCAAACAUUUCUAUGAUUUUAUUGACGGAAAUGAAGAUUUUGGUAAGCCCUAAAUAAUACAUAUUUCAACCAAGUAUUUAAGUUUUUGGAAGUGUGGGAUACACAAAUGACGUUGAUGUGAUCGCCUCAAAUCAUCGUAUGACUGGUAUUAAUUCCGCCAUUGAGAUUGAUCUGACGGGGCAAGUGGUUUCUGAUUCAAUUGGAACUUCAAUUUUCUCAGGUUUGUAUAUAGUAAUGACGUCAUCUUUAAAUCUAUACAAAAACUUUAGGUUUUGGAGGUCAGGUUGACUUCGUUUAUGGCUCUGCGAACGGAAAGGACGGAAGGGGGAAAUCCAUAAUUGCAAUCACCUCCAGGACCGAGAAAGGGCAUUCGAAGAUUGUCCCAAUUAUAAAAGAGGUGAGUAUAACAAAUUUAGAUUAUUACGUAUAAGUAGUCCUGUUUUAACAGAGCGCUGUUUUAGGGAGCUGGUGUAGUCUCAACUCGAGCUCAUGUCCGUUAUCUAGUCACCGAAUAUGGAAUUGCCGAUCUCUGGGCUCGAAGUAAUCUCCAUCGAGCUUACGAACUUAUCCGAGUGGCCCAUCCGGGGGAUCGAGAGCAUCUCGAAAAAGCGGCCUUUAAAAGAUUUGGUGCUCUGCCCAGAAGGGAUCUGUGA